AGCGGCGAAAUCUGCACAACGUGCGCCCGUACCGGCUAUCGGGUGAUCAGAGUCAACGCUUCCUGUGGGGAGUUCACCAUCAAGACUCCGUUCUUUGGCAGGGGCAACUACAGCAACAACAGCAACUGUACCUUUGUUCUACAGUCAGGACCUCAACGGCUGGUCUUGUCAUUUCUGUUCAGCCAUUUUGAUGUGGAGAAAUCCCCGCUUUGUGGACACGAUUCCCUCUGUCUCAACGGGCGCAGAUUCUGUGGAUGCCUGACCCCUGGCAUGUUGUUAGAGUACACGCUUCCUGCCCUCAGCAGUUUUACAAUAUUCUUUCGAUCUAACAAUAUGGUCACAAGCUCCGGUUUUAAG